UAUGCAAACUGUUAAAAAAAGGGAAAGCGGAAAUGUGGAAAUGUACGGGAAUUGCUCCAGCAUUCUCACUGCAGAUGUGCAUUCUACACCUACCCACGGCUUUCUGGUUGUGUGGCACUAUUGCCGACGUCCUCAGAGUGGAUGCACAGGCUGGAAGCGUGCACUGUAUAUAUAGGUCUUGGGGGGGGCCGCCGUGUUCCUUUUGACUGGCCCUCUCGCAAAAGCGCAAAAGGCAACUUCAGCAACUUCAGCCAAACCGCCACCAACCUUGACUUCCGUUGCCGCCGACUAGACUGGACCACCUAUUGGAUCAACAACAACCACCCGACACCAGCCCCAGCCCACUCAGCUUCGCCCGCACCACCACAAUGACAACCCCCCCAACCCCGUCCACUCCCGCCCCCAACUUCGACGUGGACCUCGCAACCCUCAUAGACCUCGCCUUACACCUAUCCCAGGAACUGCAGAAGAGGGACACGACGAGUGGACUGCCGCUGAAGGAGUUUGACCAGAGAUGGUUUGAGACGGAGACGAAGAAUACGGUGAAGUUGCUGAGUCAUAAUGCCACCAAGCUCUCCCUGAUAGCCCCCGAAAAAUCGCGUGACACCCCCAAAGUCACGUCCGAAAUCCACAAAUGCCUGCUCCACCUCUCGGCUCUGAUCGACUCCGUCCCCGGGUCCCUCGGGUCCGUCCUCCAAGACGAGAUCCGCUCCACCGUCUCUUUACUCUUCACUGACGUCGCCUCCCUCGCUAACAACUUCCUAACGACGCCGCGGGAGUUGAAAACAGGGAGCAACAGCAUCGGAUAUGCGAGUUCGACGGGGUUGGUGUGGAAGACGUGUGAGGUUGUUGAGGGGAUGGCGUUUAGGAAUGGGGAGGCGGUUGCGAGGCGAGUCAGGGAUCGAUUGGGGCUUGUUGAGGAUGCGAUUGAGGAGGACGAGGGGGAUGAUGCCGACGGGGAUGCUGAGGAUGAAGGCGGCAGGCAGUUCACACCCUCGGAAAAGGAACUCGCCAACCAAUGUCUGGUCAUCAUGAAGGCCACAAAACUCCUGCUCAAGAAAGUCAUCGUGGCAGUGCAAAACGAGGAACAACCAUCCGCAUCCAAAACCCCACCAACAACAACGACAAGAACAGAAUCAGAAGCCCUCCUCACCGAACGCACCCUCAUCCAAGACACCCUCGCCCGCGUCUCCCUUGAAACCUCCCACCGCGUCGACGACCUCGCCCUCCUCAUCGAGCCGCCCCUCCACGCCAGCGAAGUCGCCGCGGCCGCCUCUGCGCUCGCACAGACCUGUGCGAGUGUCAUGGAGGCGGUAAAGACGCUUGUGGAGGAUGAGAAGACGUUAAGUUGGUUCGAGACGUGUGGCGCGCAGGUCGGGAGGGUGUUGGAGAGGAUCCUGGAGCGGGAUAGUGCGCGGUGAACGUAGAAGCGACCCCACCGCCUCGACCCAUAUAUCGCAUUACCAUCUAUUUUGUUUCUACAAGUUGCCCUCAUCGGC